UUAACCCGGUCACAACGUAGGGAAGUUGCUCACGGUUUUUCCGCGUUGCCAUGGGGUUUUGUAAAACCUAUUGACUGCGAUAGGGUCCCUUCUUUUCUUUGAGUCUGUCUUUGUGGAGGAGGAGGAAGAAACCGCUAUUACUUUUUCUUUCCAGAGGCGGGUCGGGGGGAGCGAUAGUAGCAUCCAGGGGAGGAGGGAGGUGCUCCGGCUCAGACCAACUGCGAGGCACCGCGGCGUUACGUUAACAGUUAAACCUGCCUCUGCUCUCCUCUUCCAGCGGUGGGGACAAAUUCAACUUUCUCAGCGGCUGUCACGACAUGAGUUGCACCUGAAGAUGGAUUCUCACUUCUCUGUGGCUUUCUGCUGACCCUUCCGGUUUCCUGUGGCAUGUUUCACAAGCCAGAGGAUGUGUGUCAUCUUCCCAGUAAGGACAUCAGGGUGGUCUCCUGUUGUAUGAUUCAACUUCAGCACCACAACUCCUUGAGAUACGGUACCGCAUCUUUGGUGCACCAGAGAGAUGAACUGAGGACUCAGUAGGAGAGAGCACUCGUUUCCUGAGGACGUCCAACAUUUAAGGAGAAACCAUGAGGUUGCAGAGGAGCCCGGGACUGGUCACCGUGCUGGGCUUGAUUGCCUGUGUUUGUGCCUUUCAUACGACUGCAGCCAUCAACAUCCCUCUGGAGAUUUUAGGUCAUGUAAACAUUGAGCAGCUGCCCGACAUCACAGCUCAGUCACCCAGCUCUCUCAUCGCUUUCCCUUUUGAUGAGAGCUUCCCCAUGACGUGUGAAGCCAAAGGGAAUCCCGAGCCAGAAUUCAGAUGGACGAAGAAUGGCCAGGAAUUCGACCCCUCUCUGGACCCCCGUCUGAUGAAAGAGGAGAAUUCUGGGACUUUUGUGAUACCUAAUAAUGGGAACCUCACAGAGUACCAGGGAACCUAUCGCUGUUACGCCUCAAACAAACUUGGGACCGCCAUAUCGAAGGAGAUUGAGUUCAUUGUGCCCCAUGUUCCGAAGUUUCCUAAAGAAACACUCGAUCCUGUUGUGGUGGAGGAAGGCCAACCCUUUGUUUUAGAAUGUAAUCCACCUAAAGGAAUACCUCCACUGCAGAUCUACUGGAUGACUAUCAAUCUUCAGCACAUAGAACAGGAUGAGAGGGUGUCUAUGGGCCUGAAUGGAGACCUGUACUUCUCUCACGCGGUGGAGAAGGACAGCAGGAGAGACUAUUGCUGCUUCGCCGCCUUCCCGCGAAUACGAACCAUUGUUCAGAAGACCGCCAUGUCUGUCGUUGUGAAGACAAAAAAAAGUGACACGAAUCCUGACACUGCCAAUGCAAUCCUUGAGAGAAGACCUUCUCUUCUGACGCCCUCUGGUGGCGCAUCAGCAACACAGCUGGUCAAAGGGGAGGACUUGAAAUUGGAAUGUAUUGCUGAGGGAUUUCCAACUCCACAGGUUGAGUGGGUGAAGAUGGGUCAUCAGCUCCCAGUUAAAGCAAAACUGGAGAAUCAUGGGAAAUUGCUGAUUGUUCCCAAAGUUGAACUGGAGGACAGCGGGAAGUACAUGUGCAGGGCAAAGAACGUACUUGGGCAAGUUGUCCAUUACUUCACCGUGACAGUAGAAGAGCCUCCAGAGUGGGUGGUUGAGCCUGAGAGUCAGCUCAGCAUGAUUGGCUCGGAUGUGCUCAUCAAGUGCUCUGCCACUGGGACUCCUCGGCCAACUAUAACGUGGAGGGUGAACGGUGAACCUCUGCAGGGUGCUCCUGCAGCCAACAGGAAGGUGUUCGAUGACACAAUUGUUUUACGUAACGCCAAAGAAUCUGACAGUGCAGUCUAUCAGUGUGAGGCCUCCAACAAACAUGGAACCCUUCUGUCAAACGCAAACAUCAUGAUUAUGAAUCUGCCCCCUAUGAUUCUGACCAAGGAUGGGGAGGAUUACUCUGCUGUGGAGGGGAAGGGAGUGAUGAUGCACUGCAAUGUCUUCAGCUCUCCUCCUUCUACAAUCACUUGGAGCAAAGACGACUCCUCUGAAUCCGUGGAGGGACCGAGGUUUGCAGUUCACGACAAUGGUUCGCUGGAGAUCUACAGCCUGGAGAAGGAUGACACAGGACAGUACACGUGUUUAGUUAAAAACACAGAGGGAACGUCCGCCAUUGAUGCCAUGCUCUAUGUGAAAGAUCCCACUAGAAUAGUCGUGGCCCAGGAGGACCUGCAGAUCUUAAUAGGUACCACGGCCCAGCUCUCAUGCCUCGCAGAGUACGACAAGUCCUUCAGCAACGACUUUGAGCUCCUGUGGGAAAAAGAUGAUAUGGAGAUAUCCCUCAACUACACUGAGAAUUCAAGAUACUUUGUGGAGGAUGGUAUCCUACAGAUUAUCAAUGUAAGCCACAGUGACCAGGGUGUGUACACGUGUGUGGCAAGAACUCCAGUCGACCAAGACUCGGCUUCCGCUCUGCUCAUGGUGUUAGAUGUCCCCGAUGCUCCUGAGUACUUGGUACUGUCUGAACACAAGAGCAAAAGUGUGAAACUGAAAUGGAUCCCCGGGGACAACCACAACAGCUCCACCACAGAGUUUAUUAUUGAGUACGAGGAAAGCCAGUGGGAGCCAGGAAACUGGAAGGAGCUGCUCCGAGUACCCGGGAACCACAACUCUGCCGUGCUCAAACUCCACGGCCACGUCGACUACAGCUUCCGAGUGUCUGGUGUUAACGCCAUAGGAAGGGGUCCUCCCAGCGAGCCCACAGAGAGAUACAAAACCCAGCCAUCAGCUCCUGACAAGAACCCUGAAAAUAUCAAAAUCGAAGGUCAUUUACCACAUGAAAUGAAUAUCAACUGGGAGCCCUUAUUACCCAUUGAGCACAAUGGCCCUGGUUUGGAGUAUAAGGUGAGUUACAGGAGGCAGGAUGUGGAGGAGGAAUGGAAGGAGUACAUGGUGAAGAGACACUCAUUUGUGUUGAAGAACACUCCCACAUUUGUGCCCUACGAGAUCAAGAUCCAAGCCAGGAACCAUCAGGGCUGGGGACCAGAGCCCAAGAUAGUGAGCGGCUACUCAGGAGAGGACUUUCCCUCUGCUGCACCUGAGGAUGUAGCUGUGGAGGUGAUGAACAGCUCAGUGGUCAAGGUUAGCUGGACGCGUGUACACAAGGACAAGUUACAUGGACAUCUGGGAGGCUACAGGGUAAGCUGGUGGCGUCUGCGCAGUCUGGUGGAUGCAAAGAAAAGCCACGGAGACAAAAAUACCCUAACGUUCCCCGGGGACCGCAACCAUGCCACAGUACCAGGACUGACGCCGUUCUCUGAGUAUAGCCUCAUCGUCAUGACCUUCAAUGGGCAGGGCAACGGCCCCGGCAGCCAUCCCCUCAACUUCAAAACCCCAGAGGGAGUCCCUGAGAAAAAUCCUGUUUUCAGGGUCAAAGAUGUACAGAGGCACACUGUCUCUCUGGUCUGGGCCCCGCCACAGGAGCCUAAUGGGAUUCUCACCGGGUACCUCCUGGAGUAUCAGCUCAUCAAUGACACCGAGGAAGUGGGGCCCCUGCAGACAGUAGACAUCAGCAACCCAGACACCACCAAAUGGAUCCUGCGUGACUUGGAGCCUUUGAGCAAAUACAAGUUCUACCUGCGCUCCUGCACCACGGUGGGCUGCGGGCCCAUCGUCAGCGAGGAGUGCACCACUACCCUAGAAACAAGUCUGGCCAGCGUCCACGGAGGAAUAUCCACCCAGGGCUGGUUUAUCGGCCUGAUGUGUGCCAUCGCUCUCCUCACACUCACUGUGUUGAUCGCCUGCUUUGUCAACAGAAAUAAAGGAGGGAAGUACUCUGUAAAAGAAAAAGAGGACCUCCACCCAGACGUGGAAUCCCAGGGCAUGAAUGACGACACAUUUUGUGAAUACAGUGACAACGACGAGAAGCCGCUGAAGGGCAGCCAACACUCGCUGAGCAGAGAGAUCAAAGCAGGGGACAGCGGGGACAGCCUGGUGGACUACGGCGACGAGGACGCUCAGUUCAACGAGGACGGCUCCUUUAUCGGCGAGUAUGCGGGGCGAAAGGAGAAAAGGGCGUCUGCUGAGAUCAAAGCCACCAUUCAGACCCCGGCAUGAGGAGCGGAACGGCCAUCCAUCCUCUCCCGGACAACGUUUUCAUUAAACCUGCUGCGAGGAACAAAUGAAAAAGGAAACAGACAUUAUCCAUACCGAGCACAAGUUUUGUGUCAAAUGUAAUGCGUCAUUGCCAACUGCACACUGCCACCCACAUUUUAUAAAGCUCUGUUUUGUCAAGUUGCAACAGGAUGACCAUUACUAAAUACUGUGUAUAUAUAGUGUAUAUUGUAUGUGCGGAGUGUCUUUUUUUAUAAUUAUUAUUACACAAAAAAUGUAGAGGGCUUGGAUUUUCUUUUUAUUAUCUCCAUUACUUCAGCUGCAGUGCUGUUUGUACAAAUGUUAGGACAUUUCACUCUCCAUUGCACAUCAUUAUAUGCAGCUUUGCCUCUGAUGUCAUCUUGUAGUAGACCACAGAUACAGUAAGUGGGGAUAUCAAGUUGAUAUUUUUCAAUUGGAGCAUAUAUUACUGACCUUUUAUAUUUGAAAUUGAUUCAUUAAAUAUGAUGUAAGAUGUGUACAAAGGUUGCCUAUUAACUUAUUUUUUUGCCAGUGGUUUUAUACCUGACGAAGUAACAAGGACGUUUACAUAUCAGAAAUAAUGAUUCUUGAGUCACGAAGCUCCCUGUGAUCUUAGAGGAAAAUAAAAUGUAGCUAUUAUGUCUUGUUUAGUAUUUUCAUCCAUUGGACACUAUAAAUUACAGAUCUUGGUCUGUGCUUACUAUAACAGCUCCAUAAACUGCCGUACCAGAUCUGAAGGAGAUUUUCAAACAUGUUAUCCAUUAAAAUUUGCUAUAUAUCUCAUUCUUUAGAAAUUGUGUAAACCAGUUAUUCACCCUUUUUUUUUUUAAGAACUUUAGUAUUAAAACUACAACUACACAGUUGAAUCCAGUUUAUAGACAACAUAUAUUACAAUGCAAGCCUUUGCCACAAGCUGGUAUUGUAAAUGUAGUUGCUGUGAAAACACAGUAGCCAAACAGUCUUCAGAGGAAUAGUUUGACAUAUUGGGAAAUAUGCAUAUUUGCUUUCUUGGUGACAGAUGAGGCAGUCUCAUGUUUGUAUGGUAAAUAUGAAGCUAUAGCUGGCAGCCAGUUAGCUUAGCUUAGCAUAAAGACAUGAAAACCUUCUUCAACCUUUGGGGCUUAAAAAAACAUAAAAAAUAAAAAAAAAUAAAAUGAAGCCAUCUUGGAGGUGCCAAAAACUGCAGUUCCUUGAAUGGCCACUUGAGGCUGGCACGAGAAGUGAGUUAAUUCCCAUAGACAGCCAUGAUUAAAAAGCCCAGUUUAACAGCAAAAAUCAACAUGUUUACAGCAAAACAACGGUUUUGGACUCUCUAGCUGACUUCCUGUUCAUGACAACUGUACGUAGUGUGGAUUUUUAUAUAACUCACCCAUUUACAUUUUAUUAAAGUUACCCACAAUUAAGAGUGUGGUUACUGUGAGUGACAGGCAUCUGCAGAUAGUGUCCUCGGGUUCUCAGUCAGAUCCAGCCCUCGUCCCUCAGUGGCUCCACCCUCUCGCCUAAAUAUGGUUUCUUCUGACUCAAAAAAUCCAAGAUGGCCACGGCCAAAAUGCAAGGCUUCAAAACGGGAGUCCACAAAUCAAUGGGUGAUGAAAUGGUAGCUAUGUCCGUUAUUUUAUACAGUCUAUGCUGGAAAUGGUGGUCCCAAUGCUACAGCUAGCAGCCAGUUAGCUUAACUUAGCAUGAAGACUGGAAACGAUAGUCCCAAAGGUAAUUAAAUCUGUCAAAAUUGUUCUCAUAAGCAUAAUAAUAAUAUAUUUCCCAUAACAUCAAACUGUUCCUUUAAAGCAGCCUUCCAGGGAUUUAGAGUCUUUUGCUAAAACAUAUUUUAAAAAAAAUGUGAAAAAUGGAAGCAGUCCAGAAAUCCUACACUUCCCAUAUAUCUUUCUCUCAUUAGAAAGGUACUUCUGAAUAACACCAUUUUGUCAAAGACCUUUACUUUGUCUCUUCAAAAUAGUUUUGAUUGUAAAAUAAAAUAAAAUAAAAUAAAUUGUUCUCUAACAGCAACACAGUAAUUUGCUAUCUCAAAGUCUGAACUGAGAUAACCCUGGUGACAUCACUAUGAUGUCAUCAGUUAUUUUUUCAGACCUGGCAAAGCAUCUCCAGAACAACAGAACAUUAUCCAACUCUACUGAGUACUACUCCCCGUGAUCAGUGAACUGAUUUUCAUGUGUGAACUGUAUUAGGCUCUUUAAGAAGAAAGUGCACAGUACCUGUAAUAGAUUAUAUAUAUAUGUGACAUCUUCCCACCCUGCUGAGAUACGGACACUGUAG